GCAGUUAGAAAAGCAAAGCAAGAAAGCAGCAGUUAUAAUAGCUAGCAGACAAAGCAAGUUAGCAGCAAGCAAGUAGAACAAGAAAAAGCAAAGCAGGAAAGCAAGAAGACCAAAGCAAAAAUCAAAGAGUCAAGUAACCGAUAGCAAGUGAGCGCAAAGUAGCUUGGCAGAAGAGCAAGUUGGCAGGCAAGUAAGCAAGUAAGCAAUCCAGGGAGCAGGAGACGACGACGACUAAAUAGUUGCGUGACCAGCGCGUUUUGCACACUAAAUAGCGUAAUUGGUCAUAAGGCGACUGCUGCGAAUGACCCGCACGCCGGACUAACCGACGCUUUACGGCAAUUACGAACCGGAGCAGAGGAGGUGACAAGCAAUUAGGCGGAAGGCAGGCAGCGGCGGGGGGUCGGCCGGCCCCCCCAACCCCGGAUGUAUAAGCCGGACACGCUCACGCGCCGCGGCAGCCUGAGAUCCCUGCGCAGCGCCCCGCUCCUGAGCACCGUGCUCGAAAGCACGCUUUCACUGACCCGCAUACACCCGAUCGCCUCCUUGGAGCUGCCCGGCCUCGACUAUGCCGUGCACUCGCAGUCGGCCUUCGGCGCCUACGGGCUAGCCCAUCCCCGGGAUCUAGCCACCUGCACCUCGUUGCGCAGCGGCCUUGCGGCGAUCACCGCGGCCUCCGCUUCCGCCGCCGGCGGCGUUUCCCAGUCGCAGAGCGCCCUCCUCGGACGGUACGGCCCCAACGCCUCGAUUCGCCACGGAGAAAGAAAGAUUGUCCAGCCGAAACGGGUUCUAUCACGCAAACUAAAGCCACAUCUUGUUGCGGACACCGUAAAGCAGUAUAUAAGUCGGGCCCAACGCACAACCAAAAAGGGUUCUCAAGAGCAGCAAAAUAUGGAGUUUUUACGCGGCGUCUAUGCGUUUAUGCAAGUGAGUAGAUCAUCGGUGUCUCAUGUCAAAAUCGAUUCACCUGUUUUUCGCCUGCACACCAACGCAACGGUCAUAUUACUGAUCACAUUCUCGAUUGCUGUGACGACGCGGCAGUACGUAGGAAAUCCCAUAGACUGUGUACAUACAAGAGACAUUCCCGAAGAUGUUCUCAACACAUAUUGUUGGAUACACUCAACGUAUACAGUGGUCGAUGCGUUUAUGAAGAAGCAAGGUUCCGAGGUGCCUUUUCCCGGAGUUCACAAUUCACAGGGCCGCGGGCCUCUUACAAUAAAGCACACAAAAUAUUAUCAAUGGGUAGCGUUUACACUAUUUUUUCAGGCAAUCUUAUUUUAUACACCAAGAUGGCUGUGGAAAUCUUGGGAGGGUGGCAAGAUUCAUGCGCUCAUCAUGGACUUAGACAUAGGCAUUUGUUCCGAAGCCGAGAAAAAACAAAAAAAGAAAUUACUUUUAGAUUAUUUGUGGGAAAAUUUAAGAUAUCACAAUUGGUGGGCGUACAGAUAUUACGUGUGUGAGCUGCUCGCCCUUAUAAAUGUGAUAGGUCAAAUGUUUCUUAUGAAUCGAUUUUUCGAUGGCGAAUUUAUGACAUUUGGCCUGAAAGUGAUAGAUUAUAUGGAGACCGAUCAGGAAGAUCGCAUGGAUCCGAUGAUUUACAUAUUUCCCAGAAUGACCAAAUGUACAUUUUUUAAAUAUGGUUCAAGUGGGGAGGUGGAGAAACACGACGCCAUUUGCAUUUUACCAUUAAACGUUGUUAAUGAGAAGAUUUACAUUUUCCUUUGGUUUUGGUUUAUAUUAUUAACGUUUCUCACAUUAUUAACGCUAAUAUACAGGGUGGUUAUUAUAUUCUCUCCUCGAAUGAGGGUCUACUUAUUUCGUAUGCGAUUUAGGUUAGUGCGUCGUGACGCUAUUGAAAUAAUCGUUCGUCGUUCGAAGAUGGGCGAUUGGUUUUUGUUGUAUUUACUAGGUGAAAACAUAGAUACAGUUAUAUUUCGUGAUGUUGUACAGGACUUAGCGAAUCGUUUAGGACAUAACCAACACCACAGGGUGCCUGGCUUAAAAGGUGAAAUACAGGAUGCAUGAUAUUGGGAGUAUUAGAAAGAAUACAAAAUGCAAUUUGUCGUCUCCAUUUGAAAACCAUCGAAUUCAACAACAAACAUGUCGAAAGCUAGAACAAGACUAAGAAAGGACAAUUACAACCACAAAGGAAUCUAGAGAUCUUCGCAGCAGCCGCUUCAUUAAAACUUACAACUCAACACACCGCUAAAAAAUCUUUAAAAAAAAAACGUAUCUCAAAAAUACAACCAAAAAAACUAUCGUCAGCUCGCAGUCAGUCAUAAAUCAGCAUUUUCAAUCAUGGAGACUAAGUCUAUCGAUAGUCGGUACAAACACAUCCAAAACCACAGGACAUAGAAUACAGCAUAGCAAAAUGGAAGCGGAAUGAAAGCAUGGAGAAAUAUGGAAAAAAUAGGAAAGCAUUAACAGCCACGCAACGAAAGGAAUUACUCAGAAUUCAAUACCAAUCAAUUAAAGUAACGUAAAUGAGAAAACGGAUAUCGAAUAAUCGAGAUCGACAGAUCGAGAGAUCGAGAACGGAAGUCCUGGGACUUCCGGACAGGACACCCAAGCCGGUGGCAAGUAGCGCCUGCCGUCGGCCAGGGGUCACAAGGUCACAAGUCACAAGGGAUCGCCUGGCAAUCAGCGAUCAGCGACCCAUAGAAAGUUGCCCCAAGGACAAGAUCAAAGUGUGAGGAGAACAGCAAAUGGACAGCACCGGAAACGGAAACCACGGACAAAUACGCACACACACCCCCACCCACACACACACACACACACACAGACGACGCCACACAUACGCUUACAGCGAAAUCACUCAUACGCCCCGUAGAACACAUCGCACUUUGCUUGUCAUGCAGCGUUAACUAAACCAAACAUCAACAAAGUCGAGACGACGCCCGCGGAAAAUUGCAUUUCUGUAUUAACCCCAAGAAGAGAAGAGACGGAGAAGAAUCGAAAGUCAGCAUCACUCUCACCGAGGAAAAGCAGGAGAACCAUACAAACGAGAUGCUACAACAACGCAACAAGACGGGGAAAGAAAAGCCUCCCCGCUUUGAGAAAGCAGCAAAUGAAAGUCAAGAAAAUCGCAAGUGGAAAUCGCAGAGGGGAGUAACAGUUUAAUUAAAUUAAAUUCAAUUCAAUUAAAUUACUUAUUACAAUGAUAUCUUGAAGUGUUCAUGUAUUCGAAUGUAGGUUAACUAAGUCAAGCAUACAAGUAAUUCUACAUAUAUGUAUAAUAUAUAUAUUAUAUAUAUAUAUAUAUAUAUAUAUAUAUAUAAACAAUUUUUUUUUUAACUCUAAGCAUUUGUAUUACCCGCUAAACAAAUGAACAAGAAAACAAAACGAAAAAAAAAAAACAUAGAAAAAAAACAACCAAAAAAAGGCAAACUGAAAACAGAAUUUUUUUGUAUACAGAAAUGAAUGAAAAUUGAAACCCGAAAUGAGCAGAUAGCGAAAUAAUGAUAAUGAAAAAGAAAGAGUAAAACCUAAAACCGAGACGAAACGAACAGAAAAUAUCAGUAAAUAUCAAAGAAAGUUCAGAAAAUACCAUACCGAAUACCGAAAACCGAAACAAAGGAUACAUUUACAUAGUUUAAUUAGAAGAAACUAUAGCGCGCAUCAUUAUAUAACCGAAAAACUGAAAAACUGAAAAACUGAAAAACUGAAAAACUGAAAAACCGACCGAACAGAACGUAACUCCCAACUCACAAAGACAAACAGACAGACGGAAACGGAAAUGUUUUAAGCUCACACACACUCACACUCACAACACAACACACCACACCACACACAAACACACACGUAUAUAGCAUGUAAAGCAUAUAUAAAUAUAUAUAAUUAUCAAUCGAUCAUUCAGCAAAAGAGAGCAGCCAACAUUCGCAUCAUAAAACAAUUAACUCCACUAAUAAUAGAGCAUACUCAACUCUAUCUCUCUCUACGAAAAAUACGCCUAGUACUCAAGCGGUAAAUGCGAAAGGAAAAACCCAGGAAAAACGGGCGGCACACUCACGCUUUGCCACAUGAAUCAAGUGUAAACGCAACGAUAAUAACUUUAUAAUACCGCUAGUGAUUAAAGUCCUAAACAGGAGGGUACAGUUCGGGAGUUCGACAAUUCCCCCAGGCAUUGCAGGUGGCCCUACAGUAAGCCCCUUUUAUGACAAACAUCACCCCCUCCGUAAAAGUAAAAUAGUCACCCAUCCACGAGUUCAUCAUGUGCUACAAAUCGUAAUAUCCGUCCAGAAAACCUUUUGAAGCGCACCGCCCGCUCUCUAACUCCAAUCUCUCCUCCUUUCUUGGAUCCUGAUCCUUGAUCCAGGGUCCAUUCCACUUUCCACUUUCCACUUCCCAGUUCCAACUUCCGCAACUCCCAACACCCAAGAAGUGGACCAAAGAACCAGUCACACAGAUGCCUCAAAAGUUUUCCCCCCUGCCCCCGUCGCAUUUUCCCAUCUUUAGAAGGACGACCAAGAAAAACAGAUACACAGCCAGAAAAAGCCAAGCCAGAGAUGCAAAUCUAACAACAAAUGUCACUGCCAACAAAACCAGUAAUUGUAAAAUCAAAUUUAAAUAGUUAAAGACCGUACAUACAAGUAUAUGAAACGAAAUGGAGGUGGACCUGAUAUGAAAUAGAUUGGGUAUUUCCGUAGGGCUAGCACUGCAAUGCCGAAAGUAGUUACAAGAAAGCAAAAGGAAUUAACACCCACACCCGAUGAUUGUUCCUUGUCACAGAAUCAGGAAUUGCCGAUGUGGACCUGCUCAAAACCUCACUCCUUUCGGGAAUUCAUUUUGGAUUUAGAUCACCUAAUUUGAGUGCUUUUUCCGUCUACUCACACUACUCAGCAUACUCAAAGACGCAUUACAAUUUAGAGGGAGGAGAAAGUGGGUAUGAGGUUGAAGCGAAAAAACAAUAAAUGUAACAAUAAAUGGUAAUAAGUAAUUUUAACGUAUUUUUUUUUAACUGCUUAUAGCCAACUAAGUGUAAUUGUAAUUCUAGUUCAAACUGAACCAUUUUUGUCCGCGUUUUUUUUUUUGUCGUGGAUUCGUAGGUUAAGCCCCAUACACACAAACUUAUAGCCACACACACACACACAACACAAGCAACCACAAACAUGGUAAACGACAAGAAAUGUAUAAAUAUCGAGGAUACUUACACUGUAAUUAAAGGGGGGCGAAUAAGAAGGAAUACCAUACCAAAACGUAAGCAUAUUACAAGGAAAUUGCCAUUAGUCGAUAGUGUUGAAGCGAUACGUAUAUGAUCUACACGCUAGGCUAACGAAAAACAAACAAACAAACAAACGAAAGAAAUAAAUGAAAGAAAAUAAAUGAAAGGAAUACUUAGUGUAGCUCAAGAUGGAAUCUCUCGUAUCUCGUAACUCGUAACUCCAACUAAAAGCAAUUGUAAAAUAUCGUAAUAGAUCUAGGGGCGAUCGAACAAACAAACAAAAGCAAAAGCAAACGAACAAUACGCAAGACUUUAUUUUUCAAAGUAUGCCGCAAUAUUAGGUCGAAGAGUUCGAAUUGUACUAGCUGAAUCUAGAAAAUAAGAAGGACAUUUCAUAGACGCAAUCCUAGAAGCAAUAAGCACAUCCGGAAACGGAAAUGAAAAUUAGAACGGAAACGGAAUCAGGCAGAGCUAACGGUAACAACGAUGACUCUUCACCACGUUUCACCACCUCCGGUACAAUUCUGUCCACUUCUCACCACACAGCACAGCACUUUUUUGCUCUCUCUCUCUCUUUCUCCCUCUCUCUUACACCCUUUUUCCAUCUCUUUCCCACUGAAAGUAUCUGUUAACUAUUGGUUGACUAUUAUACAUAGCCUGUUUCCACUUGACGAAAAAAAUGGCAAAAUGGACGCAUGAAAAUUUUGGGUUUUAUCAAAGCAUUUCACACUUUAUAGAGAAUGAAAAUGAAUUAAUUAAGUGUGAUCAUCGCCAGUUUAUCUCUUAUAGAGAAAAUGUGGCUUGCACGUUUUACACACACCCAACAUGUGACAGUGGAAAGAGGCUAUAAAACUCGUGUAUCCCAUUUAAAAGAAUCUGAAUCCGUAAGAAUAUUGCAAAAUUCUGUUGAAAUCAUCGUUUUUUUUACAGUGUUUAAUGUUUGUGUUCGUUUGUUCAUUUGUUUGUCUGUUUGUUUGCUCCCGAUCUGAAUUUGGUUUCUGCCAUAUUUUUUGUGUAUAAUUAUUAUGUAUUGUUUGGUGGCUAAGAUAAGGUUUUAGUUCUGUAACUUCUACCGUACUUUCUCACUCAUUUGUUCAUUCGUGCAAUAAAAAAGAGACUUGUAUACAUAUCAUUGUUUUUUUGGUUUUAUUUUGGGGUUUCAUUUCAGAUUCUCCCUCCCUCUCUCUCUCUCUCUCUCUAUGCUCUUAUCCCCUUCACUAUCUACCUUUCUCUUUCUCAGCACCCAAUCAAUUUACAGCGACGAAGAAAGUCAAUUUCUCACGGCUCAAAAACGCAGUAAAAACUGAAAAACUGAACCAGGAAAUCGAACGAACUAAAAGCAACAAUUAGUGAAGCAUAUUGGUGAAAUACUCGUAACUUAUAUUUGAAAUCGAAUUAGUGAGUGAUUAGCGCAACGAUAACGAUAAAAGAAAACAAUUUAGUUGAAUUCCCUAGCUGAAUCGAAUUGAAUAGUGAGAACUUUUUAUUAGGAAGCGAAAGCGUUUUUUAAUUAUAUACUAAUCGAAUCAAAAUUGUAAAGAUCAAAUACCAAAUAACGAAUAACAAAUAUUGCAUACAAAUUGAAACUGCCAAUUCACAUUCUCAGACAAAUUUUUACGAAGCUAAAGCUUAAACCAAAACCAAAACCAAAACCACACCUUAAGAACAUCCAAUUAAUAGCACUAAGCGAAGAUAUACAAAAUUGCUGAAAAUUAUUAAUUACCGAGAAGCGAAACCAAAUUGAAGAAUCGCAAAAUCGAGCUCGUAUCUUGAUCAUUUACCUAGGCCCACGACUUUAACCCUCCUUCGUUUCGGUUUCUCCCGAUUCUCGAUUUCGAUUUCGAUAGCCAAUAUCCGAUGGUCGUCACUUGAUAAACCAUUUUGGAUUGCGGUUCAGGAUUACUUUAGGCACUUAGCGUAUAUAUCAAUUUGUGUGUGUGUGAACAAAUAGCAGACAAUAAUUAGUGAGGGAACUUUUUAGGCGAGAUCGAAGGACCAGGACUGAAAUGACGAGGGAAAAUCAGAAAUCAGUUUUCCUGGACUAAAAGGGGCGUGGCUGGGGACUUUCACAAGCAGCUAAUUUAUUGUCUUCCAGCAUAGCGUAUAUAUUUCACUAUUUGAGUCGAAAUACUUUGUUUCCUCCAACUGGAAUAACGUUGCAGCUUAAAUGUGAUUUAUAUCUCAUUUUGAAUCGGUUUUUGUUUUUGUUGAAGUUUUCUAUACUAUUGGCCACGCCCCCAGAUCUCAGCGGCUUGAAAAUGAUAGAAAGCGAUUUAUUUCGUUGGUGGCCCAGAGUUCAGCAGCAAAAUUAGCGAGCCGCAUUUGAUGGAGUGUAUAGGAAAACUGCCUUAAAGAUUUUCAAGUGAGACCGAUCGAUCAACCAGCAAACCGUGUAUAUAUUUAUUAUAUAGAUGCCGAUUCGGUGAGCAUUUUUUUUACUAAAUACAAUUUACGAGUAAGCAUAACUUUUAACACAGAUCAACCAAUACACGACCUGUACAUAGCCGACAUACAUAAAAGACCCAGCAUAUAUAUAUACAUAUAUAUAUAAAUAUAAAUAUAAAUACAAACAAGCAUAUACAUACCUAUAUAUAAAGUGUUUUACAACAGCGUGGAUUAGUUGAUAACCGUAGAGCGAGACAUUCUUAGCAAAAUUACACCUAAGUUUUCCAGAUUCAGAUGACUUUUUAACCAGACAAAAGCGAAGGGCGAAAAGCAGCAGGCUGGCAGGUAGACAAAUUAUGAAAUUAUUAAAUUAUGUAGAAAAGCAGUCAGAGUAAGGAACUAUUUGUAUUUCAACUUGUUUUCCAGGAGAUCCUAAGUUUAGUAAAACGUAAUAUAAUGUAAAUGAUAAAACGAAACGAACGUAUGUAAAAUAAUUGCAUAAAUAAUUUCAAAUAUAUUCGCCGAUUGCCUUCAACUAGAGGAAUUUUGAUUACACUUAAUAACGAAUACUAAAUAAUUAAUAAUAAUUAAAUAAUGCAUUGAAUAUUUAUACAAAACAAAAGGUAAAAGCAACUAUUAAUAUAUGGAAGAAUGGGCAGAAGAGGUCGAGAAGAAAGACGCAGAAAGGCAGGCGCAGACAGAAAAGAACAAAUCUACACAAAAAUGAAAUUCAAAAAGAACUGAAGUAAAAACAAAGAUUUUAAAGCAGUAACAAAUGGCAAACAAAAGAGAACAAACGAAAAAAUAAAAAAUCAAGAUAAAGCAUUCAUAUUUGUACACUAAAGGUCCGUUAAGGAAUACGCAACUUAUACACGCAAUAUUAGACUAAACCGACUUCGAUAACCAAUAACCGAUAGAUUUCCCCAGAUCCCAGCACAGAAGAAAUGAGAGGGUUCCGAUGAAAUCCCCAUCUUCAGCUGCUUCAAAUUGAUUAAUAUUUUUUUUAACUAGAGACACUCGCACAUAUCCAAUGAAAGACGUCGAUUACUUUCCAUUCCCAUUCCUAUCGAAAAACCACCACCCCUAGAUACGCACACCCCCAAGAAUCGAAUACGAAAACGAAAAAGAAAACGAAAUCGAUGGCUGAAUCGAGAUCACAACCACAAUUACGAUAACAAUUACAAUGGCCACCACAACCACAGAUGCACAACCACUGGAGCGAAGGACAUGCGAAUUAAGAAGGCGGAUGUAGGAGCUGAAAGGAGUAGAUCGAAUCUAGUGAAUACUUUUAGGCGUUAAGCGUACUUCUAGUUUGUAUCUCUUAUAUACACACAGAUAUAUCUAGGUAUAUGGAUAUAGCAUAAUUAUACAGAUAUACAGACCUAUGGACAACAUAAAUAACGCAUACAACUAGCCAGUGAAGCGAUGUCGAGUGUAAGUCGCUGCGUAUCGAUAAUAAUCGAUCGAAAUCGAUAGAGAAGUAGUAGAUCCAAUCUUUUUUUUGUACUUGUACUUGUAUGGUAAAUGCUAACGGUAAUGGUAAUGGUAAUGGUAAUGGUAAACAGUAACGAUAAACGGUAACGGUAAUGGACAUUUAACUAGUUAUAACGUGCAGUUAUCGUAAUUUAUGAUUAUCGAUUAUUGAGUCUUGAGUACGAUUAUUACGAACGUUUAAUUUUGUUAAUACGAAAACAAAACGCGAGCAUGGUUAAUAAAGCUUUAAUUUGAAGCUAUAUAGAAAUAUAUAUAUACGCGAAUACAUAUAUAUAUAUAUAUAUAUAUAUCCAUACACAAACACACACCAGACGCAGUACACACACAUAGACACAUGAACACAUACACACAAGAAAACGUCCUCAGUUUAUAAAUUUUCAAAUGAGUGACACGGUAAACUUGAAACGAAACGAACGAAACGAAACACGUAGGCAGUACGGAUUAGGUCUUAAGGCCCCAUAUAAGUAAUAUACAAUUUAAAUUAUUUAACGAAUCAAUUUAUUAUUGAUGGCAAAUGGGAACGAAAGCGGAACGAAAGCGGAACGAAAGCGGAACGAUGGCGAUAGCGAUAGUGAUGCCGAUAACGAUAACGAUAGCGAGAAGGGAGAGCCAGGCAGUAUAGAUCGGAGCCGCGAACAUAUAUAUGUGAUCAUAUAUCCGAUAUCCGUCGAUAUAUAUGCACGUCCGAUAUAUGCGCACGUGCCCCGAUCGCCAUACAUAUACACACACAUAUACUAUAUGCAUAAUACCAGUGACGAGAAUUUUUAGUAUAUACUACUCGAAUCGAUCCGAUCGGAGGAGGAAAUGAGGAGGCAAAACAAAUCUAUAUACAGUACAUGGCAUACACUUAUAUGAAGCCCCUAUAUUGAGGAUAUAAACGUGAAUUUUUAGCAGACUAAGUAAUAAAUUAUACACUCACAGGCGUUCAUAUUCGAACUACACACACACAAGGGCGGUAUGCAGAAUUAUAUAUACACGAGUAUAUAAAAUAUAUAUAUAUAUAUAUAUAUGUAUAUGUAUAUGUAUGUAUAUAUGUAUGUAUAUAUUUAUAUUAUAUACGUCAGCAAAACAAAUACCAAUAAUAAUGAAAUUAUGCAAUAAAGCGAGGAGGAGUGAGUACUAAGCGGAAACGGAAGUGGAGGCGAGGACACCUAACAUUUAAGACACUGAACAAAAAAUCGAAAAAUCGAAUUGUAAAUAACACGCACACGCAUACAUACAGCCAACACACACAGACAGACCGCAGACAGUCACAUCAGUAUACAUACACCCACUCACACAUACCCACACACACACACACAAACACAUUUUACGAUUAGUUAAUUUUACAAACUAAAAUUAUUGCAGCAGGCGCAUUACAUAAAAUAAAUAACAACUAAAAGGCGGCAGAGAAGAACGAAGAAAUAAAACCAAAAAUCAUAUGCAUUAAAAGUAAAGUAAAGGCAAAGACAAACAAAGGCAGAAGCAAAAGCAGAGGCAAAGGCAAAUGCAAAGCAAAUGAAAAAGCAAAGCAAAGCGAAAGAGCCCAGUCGGAAGAAGGGAGCGGGGGAACUCUCUUUCCGAGCCACCCCCCGCCCCCGAUACUCCCACACAAAAAAAAAAAAAAAGGCCAGGGACGUUGAUGGGAAUUAAUAAUUACCAAGUAAUAUUAUAAAAUAUUAUUAUAUAAAUUAUAAAUUAUUAUUAAAGAAGCAAGCAACAAACGUAAAAACCAAAAACAGACAAGAUUAAAAAUACAAAACGAAAAAAACGAAAAACACAAAAAAAAAUCAAACAAAACCAAACAUAAACCAAAAACACAUUAUUAUAAUGCGAUAAUUGAGUAAUCAAGAAAACGAAUUGACAACGUUGUAUGAUUUUGAUCAGAAAGUAAUAAAAACAAUUUUCGAUUUGUUACGAAAUAUACAUAAA